AUGGCGCGGCUGCCGAACCUGGUGCUGCCGUGGGUGCCGAGCCCGAACGAGCGAGGGUCGUCGAGCGACCUGCCCACUCCCGAGAUUCGAGACGACGUGCUGCGAGCGAGGGUGGUGGAAGCGCAGCAGACGGCAGCGAGUGCGCGCGUGGGGUGGGCGGUGCUGCACGUGGUGGUGCCGGCGGCGCUGCUGCUGCUCAACACGUCGCUCGCGCAGGCCCUUGUGCAGCAGCCCGUGGGGUGCGUGCGUGAGUGUGGUCGUUUACUAUGCAGGUGUGUGACUUUCCGGAAUGCAACUCGCAUCGUCUCAUCGUCCUCCCUCACCCAAUUCACCUUCUCUCUUCCCACACCCUCCCGCCAUCCCCCGUCUUGCCCUGCUGCACUGCGCAGGGCGGAAGCGGUGUGCUACGGGGUGCUCUUCCUCGCCACGCUGCUGCAGUACCUCUACACCUCGGGCUCCUCGCCUGGGUACGUGCAGGAUGUGGCUGAAAGCCUGCAGACAGCCGUGGCAGCAGCCAAUGCACGCCACGCUGCCACACACGCCCCAUCUCGACUCACAGCAGCGCAGUCAAACUUCCUCGUCACCCAAUUCAGUGCGCGGCGGUGGUGCCCAUACUGCCGGGUGCAGCAGCCAGUGCGCGCCAAGCACUGCUACGACUGCGGCCGCUGUGUGCUGCGCUUCGACCACCACUGCUUCUGGGUCUCCACCUGCAUCGGCCUCCGCAACCACGCCCGCUUCUGGGUGUAUCUGGUGCUGGAGUGCUGCCUCACGUGCUGGUCGCUGCUCAUCUGCCUCUCCGCCUUCACCGCGCCCGUCUCACCCAACCACUGGCUGGAGCACCAGCUGUCAGCGCUGGCAUUCACCGCGCUGCUGCUGCCGCUGGCCGUGUUCCUUGCCAUCCUCGUGUGCUUCCAUACGCAUCUCAUUCUCACGGCGCAGACAACAUAUGAAGCCACCAGGAAGCAUCGCAUCUCCUAUCUGCGGUCAGUACCCGGGGACGUGCAUCCCUUCAGCCAGGGCGCCUGUCGCAACGUGCUGCACCUCUGCUGCCUCAGCCGCCAUGUGCUGCCACUCUAUGCCGUCCCAUCACCGGCCGUGCUGCACGCCAUGGCCUCUGGGGCGUACACCACUCGCUCAAGGGCAUGUGGCCCAUGCUGCUCCUGA